GGCCCCUGGGCCACCACGGCGGGUCGGGUCAGAACAGGAUCUUAUGCUCCCGACCCACACUCGCUUCGACCGCAGUCAAGAAAGCUCACAAAUUCUCAAAUGAGGUCAGCCAGUCCGCUGCUUUCCACCCGCACCUCCCACUCCUGCCUUCCCCACCCCAUCGUCGCCCCUCCCAUCUCUCCCUCUUCCUCCUUACCCCGACUAUUCCGCCCCUCUCUCUUCCCCUCUCCCAACUCCCUCUCAGGGAGAUACAAGUUGCAUGCUUGUCAUAAAAAUCUUUUCUCUUGUGGUGCUCAUCAAGUGACGGCCUUGAUGGAUUUGUCAAAUCAACCUCUAGAGUUUAAUAGGAAUCUCUAUUCACAUGUGGAACCAUAUAGUUCAGGGUUCCUGAAGGUCUCAAAAAUUCAUACAUUGUACUGGGAGCAGUCUGGUAAUCCCCAUGGGCAUCCUGUUGUCUUUCUUCAUGGGGGUCCAGGAUCCGGUACCUCGCCUAGUAACAGACGAUUUUUUAACCCGGAAUUUUAUAGGAUCAUUUUGUUCGAUCAGCGAGGUUCUGGAAGAAGUACUCCUCACGCCUGCUUAGAAGAGAAUACAACUUGGGACUUAGUCGAUGACAUUGAAAAGCUUAGGGAACAUCUAGAAAUUCCAGAGUGGCAGGUGUUUGGUGGUUCAUGGGGAAGCACCUUGGCCCUUGUAUAUAGCCAAUUACAUCCUGAAAAGGUUACUGGUAUUAUUCUUAGAGGUAUUUUCAUGCUAAGGAAGAAAGAGCUUGAUUGGUUUUAUGAGGGCGGUGCAGCAGCCAUCUUCCCAGAUGCAUGGGAGCCAUUUAGGGAUUUCAUUCCAGAAGAGGAAAGGGAUAAUUUUAUUGUUGCAUAUAACAAGCGACUAAAUUCUGCCGAUAUGGAUGUUCAGGCUAAGGCUGCUAAAAUUUGGACAACUUGGGAAAUGAUGACGGCAAAUCUUAUUCAAAGCGAAGAGAAUAUCAAAAGAGGGGAAGAUGAUACUUUCUCGUUGGUUUUCAAAAUGCCUAGGUAUGCAAUCAAACUCUUCAAAGCCAAAGGUGUUGUUGUUAUGCCUGGAUUGCAACAUGAGGACCUGAAAGGAAUUCAUCUUGAUAACUUAUUACGGCUAGAUUCUGAAUGUUCGUAUUAUAAUGAAGCAGCCAAUAUAUGAUUGAUGGCUAUCAAAUUGAUAUACCUAUUUAUGUCUAUUAAAUUCAGGAAAUCUUACUCACCUUAACCUUACAAACUCAUGAAAUACAAUUGUCCAAUCGAAAGAGUUCAGGGACAUCUAACUCUUUUAAGCUAAGCUAGACGCAUGUGAGUGCACACGCACAUUAAAUAUCUUUGUUUUGAAAUAUUAUAUGAUUAUUUUAGCAAAUUAGUACACUAGGAAACAGAAAAUCUAUUAGCAUGAGGAUAGAAGUCCCUGUAAACUGCGAAACAUUUAAAUAGAUAAUAUAUAUCAAAUAUCGAGUAUACUAUUAUAGCCGGGACUGCAUGUUAGCAGUAGGUGCCAAGGCAGAGAGGAUGUCAAAGUGGCUAGGUUUGUGUCUGCUACAGCAUUGUAGAUGACUAAUCUAUCUCAUCAUUCGACAUGCCAGUUUAUAUUAUUUACCUUGUUGUACUAAAAAAUUUCUGCUAAGACUUGCAAAGAAGACUUUGAAAAUUGGAGGUGCAAUGCUGAUUUAUGAC